AUGGACAUGAAGCUUGCCCCAGAAGAUGCAUACUUAAGCUAUUACGAUGUUCGAUGUCAGUAUUCCUGCGUCCCAUGCCUGCACCUGAUGGCUUCCUACAACCAAGAUCAUAUACUGAGACAAAGUGAGGAUAUAGUGACAAGAGAAGACGUAUCAGUGCUGAAGAAUGACUGGUUAACGGAUAAUGUCAUCUCAUUCUGGGAAGAGUAUCUGGAACGAGAAUACCUCACCAACUACAAACACUCACACAUUGUCCUUCUCCGCCCCACCAUGUCCUUCAUGCUCAUGCAGACCCCAGAUCCUCGGACUAUAAAGGACGCUCUUCCCGACUUUACCAACGUCACACAUAUUUUCCUCCCCAUCAACGACAACCACUCGGCAUCGAUCGCCGAGGGCGGCACACACUGGUCACUGCUCUUGGUAUCCAUCGUCGACGGCGUCGCAUUCCACUAUGAUAGCAUGCCACCCGGAAACCAGAAUGAGGCCCACUACGUCACCCAAAAAUUCUCCAGGCUCAUCAACCGACCUCUCAGGUUCAUUCCAUUGACAGACUCCCCGUUGCAGGACAACUCGAGUGAUUGCGGGGUAUUUGUCUGUCUUAACAUGCGGCAUUUACUGCUGAAAAGACUCUUGAUGGUCCGAACGGACGCCAAGGUCAGCAUGAGUCUGGGUGGGAGGAGGGUGGACGCUUCUGCUGGGAGGAAGGAGAUGCUCCGCAUCAUUGAGGAGUUUCGCAGAGAGGGCGAGAGAAGACGAUCGUAA